GCGCGAGCGCGGCGCCUGUUCCGCUCCCCGCGGCCGCCGGAGCCCCCGCGGCGCCGGGUUAUCAGGAAGGACUGGCAGAAAGUCUGUGCUAGCACACGGCAUGAAUUCAGCCCAUGGCCUGGAUCUCACCUCUGUUACUAAUAACUUGGGCUGGGAAAAUUCUGACACACACCAGUGACAUCUGGGCGAAAGGUGACUCUCUAGGGACGUUUAGUUUUUGCCGUCGAUCUGGAUCAGCCUUUAGUUUCAGGAUUUAUUUGUGAACUGCCAUAGUAGCUGUCACAGUGGUGGUGAAAUCAUAAAGCUAGCAGCACAAUACAGCAAGCCCUUAAGAUUGUGUUUGAUCUCUGGGAGCUGAAAGUGCUGAAUAAAAUUUUCACACAACCUAAGCUACGUUUUGGAUCAGUUGUGUUAAGACUGACGUUCUUCUAACUGAGCCCGUUUUUCUAUUUUAAUAUUUAAAUAGAGACUUAUUUGAAAAGACAAUAUAUUUUUUAAAGAAAAAAAUGAUCAAGGAUGAACACACAUCAGCGCAUCAUUUUUUACUAGAUUGCUGGACAAGACUACUGUGUAAAAUAGUGGGUAGGGUAUGAAGAAAGUGUUUUGUAUACAUAUUGCAUUGGGGUUUUUAUAUUAUAAAAUUACAAAUAACUAAGAAAAUAGUGUAACCUCCAUUAGUAAUUUUGCAGUAUUAUAUGCAAAAUGGGUUACAGUUUUUACUGUUGGAUCCUGAAGAAGUAAUGUUUCAGUGAGAGGGGUGUGCAGCUUGGUGUACCUGAGGUAAUCCAAGAUCACAUGAAACUAUUUUUUAUAUGAAAAAGCAAGAAAAUGCACAUUCAGGACUGACUUAAUUAAAGCUCUAGCAUUUAGCAAUGGAAAGCCCACAGAUAAACUUCCCUCUAGGUCUGGUUUCAGACCAAAAAAGGAGCAGGAUCCAAGAGGAUGGGAGUCCUCCCCUGAAAAAAGCAAUGACAGAAAUGCAUGUAAAUAAUAAAGUACAGGUCGUAAUAAAUAAAUUGCCAACAAUAAAGAAGGAAAACUUGGAUGACUAUGAUGAAACUCCAGUGGGGGCUGAUGGGGAAGCCGCCAAGCCAAACAGUGCUUCACUUUCUGAGCCUUUGAGUUUAAAUCCAGGUUUGAAACACACAUUGGCACAGUUCCACCUAAGCAGCCAGAGUUCGCUGGGUGGACCUGCAGCUUUUUCAGCUCGGUAUUCCCAGGAAAGUAUGUCACCCACUGUCUUCCUGCCUCUGCCAUCACCACAAAUCCUCUCUGGUCCGCUGCUCAUCCCUCCAGACAGCUCCACAGAACUCACCCAGACCCUGCUGGAGGGGGAAUCCAUUUCUUGUUUUAAAGUUGGAGGAGAAAAAAGACUUUGCUUGCCUCAAGUGUUGAAUUCGGUUCUCCGAGACUUUUCCUUGCAGCAGAUCAACACGGUGUGUGAUGAGCUGUAUAUCUACUGCUCAAGGUGCACUUCUGACCAGCUUCACAUCCUGAAGGUUUUGGGAAUUCUUCCAUUCAACGCUCCGUCCUGUGGGCUCAUUACGCUGACGGACGCUCAGAGACUAUGCAAUGCUUUACUGCGCCCUCGCACUUUUCCCCAAAGUGGCAGUUUCCUCCCUGGCAAGAACACCUUGGCCCAGCUGAAAGAGACUGGCAGUGCCUUCGAAGUAGAGCAUGAAUGCCUGGGCAAGUGCCAGGGCUUGUUUGCACCUCAGUUCUACCUUGCCCCAGAUGACCCGUGUAUCCAGUGCUUGGAAUGCUACGGGAUGUUCUCACCCCAGACCUUCGUGAUGCAUUCACACCGAUCCCCAGACAAGAGGACCUGCCACUGGGGGUUUGAGUCGGCCAAGUGGCACUGCUACCUGCACAUUAACCAAAAAUACCUGGGCACAUCAGAGGAGAGAGAGCUGAAGCAUCUCUUGGAGGAAAUGAAGGAGAAAUUCAGCGAGAAAAAUCAGAAAAGAGCUCGGUCCAAAGCAGAGCCACAGCAGAAUCUGGAAUUAUCGCAGUGGUAUCCAGUUAUAAAGCAAGAAACAGAAACUGAUCCUCAACCACCUUCCUUUUUCCACCCCAGUUACUACCUUUAUAUGUGUGAUAAAGUGGUUGCCCCAAAUGUGUCUCUUGCAUCUCAAUAUAAGGAUGUUGCAAAAACAACAGUAAAACCUUCAGAAGUUAAUAAAUCCUCACCUGGGCAGUCAGAGAAGAAGCUCAGUAGUGGAAAGCACAAAAAAGCUGCCUCCUAUCCAGAGCUUUCUCUCGAAGAACAGGAAAAAAUUGACUUGAAAACUGGUGUGGAGCAGCCAAAUAAACGUUUAGAUCCUCCUGUGUCAGCUCGUUCUGCGAGAGGUGGAAAAUCUGAGCGUGUUUCUUCCAAAAUCCCCAGAGACUCUGGCCGUGGUGAGGGAGGUGCUGAUGCACGUACCUUGUCCCCCACCCUCAUGAAAGACAUCAGCUGUGAGGAUGACAAGGGAAGGAUCAUGGAAGAAGUAAUGAAAACCUACAUCAAGCAGCAGGAGAAGCUGAACACGAUUUUGCGGAGGAAGCAGCAGCUCCAAAUGGAAGUGGAAAUGUUAAGCAACUCUAAAGCUAUGAAGGAACUGACUGAAGAGCAGCAGAAUUUACAAAAAGAACUCGAAUGUUUGCAAGCAGAGCAUGCACAAAGAAUGGAAGAAUUUUAUUUUGAGCAGAGAGACUUGGAGAAGAAACUGGACCAAGUCUUGAAACAAAAAUGUAGCUGUGACUCCAAUUUGGAAAAAGAUAAGGAAGCUGAAUAUGCAGCACAGCUGGCAGAGUUGAGGCAGAGGUUGGAUCAUGCAGAGGCAGAUAGACAAGAGCUCCAGGAUGAACUGAGACAGGAACGAGAGGCCCGUGAAAAACUGGAGAUGAUGAUAAAAGAAUUGAAGCUACAGAUCCUGAAAUCUUCAAAAAAUGGGAAAGGAAAAUAGAAAUUGGAAGAGGAAGCACGACUGUGUCCUUCAAACAGGGUGUUUUGGUUUUAAUGAUUGUGAACAAUUUUUGUGUGCUGAGAAAAAGUGUUCUCUACGGAUUUCUAUUUCCCAGACAGGUCCAGAUGAAGAUAUACAUAGAUAUAAAUAAAUAGAGAUAGAUAGACAUUUUUAGAUUUUCCUAGCAAAUGAAAAUCUGCAUUGAUUUGUACUGGUGUUUUUCUCAAACAAUGAAAAAUACGAAACUCUUGAUUUAGAGUGACCAGUUUCUGUCUAUUUCUAAUGCAGUCUUAAGGACUCUACACCUUUUAACAUUGUCUGUAAAACAUAUAUGGGUAUCUUUAUUUUGCUAUCAAUUGCACAUCCAGUUAUAAAAGUACAUUAAGAAUAUCCUCAAUUCUUCAAGGUCUUAAAUAGUUUGGUUGUCUAGUUUAGUGAGAAUUAAAUAUUCUUGAACUGAGGAAAGUAAAGGUAGCUUUUUGUCUGUAAGGCAGAGCUAAAAAUUGCCACAACUGGUUGAUGAUUGAGUAUCAAAAGUGAUUUACCAGCAUGAGUUUUUCCCAUAAUUUCAUUGUGUGAAGUCAGCUCACCUUUUCAGUAUUGUCUAUUUAACAACUCAUUAUCAAUCUAAGGAGUGUUAGAGCCAGCACUUGCUUGCUCUGCUGGAAGAGGAAAACAUUAGGGAUUGUUUUUUUGUUUUGUUUUGGUUUUGUGAAUUUAAAAAAUUUGCAAUUACAGUGGAAUCUUGGGAAGAUAAAAAUUCACAAGUUUUCUUCUGUUUUUUUUUUUCUUUAUAGUACAUAUGAAAGAAACAUUAAUAAAAAGCUUAAAGGUGGGGCUUUUCCUUUCAGAAACUGAGAAAGCUUGACCUAACUGAUUUUCAGAUAUUAAUGCUUUCAAGAAAAAUAACAUUUAUUAAGGAAUAUGUAUUAAUUUCUUUAGUACCCUAAGCCUCCACACUUUGAGCUUCUUGCCAACUUGUGGAUUUUUCUUUCAUUACAUAGAACAGGCCUUAACUGAUGUUGUGAUCAUAGCUUAAAAUAUAAAAUUCUGAGGUAUGGCACUUUGAAAAAUCAUUUUGAUAGUCUCUGUAUUUGAAUGGCAUGGUAGGGUUACCAUGAAUUAAGAAAAUACAGCAUGUUUGUUAAGCUAUAACAUUGGGAAAUGUGUAAUUGUACAGAAUUACUGUUUUAUGUAUAUAUAUAAUGUCUGAGUACUUCUGAAGUCUGGUUCCUAGUGGGUUAAAUGCAUGGCUAAAGUUGGAUGAAGAAAAACUUUUUUGCACUUCUCUCCAAAAAACUGGAUACAGCUGGUUGAUGUCAGCUGAUCAUGUCAGUGAUAGGAAUAUUUUAGUAAUUCUAGUGUUUCAUUACAUAAUUUUAACUUGUGCUUUAAUUUCCAGUUUUGAGGUACUUAAGUUUAAUAUUCUCAUAACAAUUCAGUUAAUUUUGGAUGAAAGCACUAGUAAAAACCUACUUUGUUUUUUUUUUCCCCUUUCAACUAGUAAAACUAAAAACUAUUGUUCUUUUUUUUUUUUUUUUCUCUGUUAAUGCUAUAACAAGACUGAAUAUCACAGAGAAAGAUAAAAUUGCACAUAUCUUUAAAAUGAAUGAGAAAUGAGGUGGUAAAUUAAAUGUCAUAGAGUCAUAGGAUGAUUUUUUAAAUAACUGUACAAUUUUGUUUAUGAGCUCUGUGUCAUAUUUACACUGACAAGUAAAGCAAGUUAGAUGGAAAAAAGAAUAAAUUUUCUUUGUCAGUGUUGAGAAUCAUAGAAUGGUUUGGGUUGGAAGGGAUCUUAAAGA